AUGCCUGUAAAACACUAUAAUAUGUUGAAAAACAUUCAAACAUAUGAGAAAUUGUGUGGAUUUGACUACUUAAACAGCACAUUGUUGGAUCCACUAUUGGGUCCAGCAGAGGAGCUAUAUGGAAACUGCAGCGAAAACAGAAAUUAUCUUUGCAAAAAUAAAUCCACAUCCAAACUCGAUGUCCGUAACGGAACACGAGAAUCUGUCCAGUGCAAUGAAGUCAUUCGCGAUUCGGAUUUGAAUGAUAACAGAAACAACAUAAUACCAGGGUAUUACUGGACAAGUAACAUUCGGAACAUGACAACUGAGAUAGGAACAUCUGUAAGUGUACAUAGAAACAGAUCCGUUUUGUGUGGAGCGUUCAAAAAGACGGUUGGGAAAUAUUUUAUCAAAUGUGACAAAUACCGAUUCUCAUUAUGUAGGGUAAACGGGUCUAUCUCUAAGCAUUGUUUUAGGGAGUCAAUCUCCGAUCGAAACGAAACAGAAGUGUCUACUGAGGAUAAAGCAGAGCAGCGUACAGAGCAAGAACAUGAUUCAAAUAUUGCUGUGAAAGUUGGUGUACCAGUCGCAAUUCUUUUGGCGUUGAUAUGUGGAAGUUUAAUUAGCAUUUACUUGUCUAGAAGAUAUAAAUGUUGGCAGUCCCGUAAAAGUACAAACGACAACGUAAGAGCAAAUACGCCUAGCAGUCCUGCUGCCCAUAAAUUAAGUAAAGAUAUACCAAUCAAAAUAUCUUAUCGUGAUGAGAAGGCUUAUGUUCCAAAGGGAAAUGAAAAUUAUUAUACAGAUUCGAAUUCUCAAUAUGCCACUGUGAAUAAAAAUAUGAAACGACCACAUGCUCAAACACGUCCUGGAAAGUCUAAAAUGGUAGAAUACAAUAGUGUUCAAAGAAAUGAUACAGAUACAUGUAAUAAUGAAAUGAAUUCCUACUGUUAUGCCUUUACAAACGGAGAUAACUUUGCCAAUCCAAAAGAAAUUCAGACGGCUGAAUACAGUUUUGCGACAGAAUUAGAUGGAGAAGUAGUUAACGCUAAAGUACACUGUAAUGUCACAGAGGGAGAUUAUGAUGUCAGUGGUAAAGCUGGAACUUGCAGCGUCAACAAGUCAAACAAUAUCUACAACACAUUGCAAAGCGGUGAAUACGAUUCAUCCGCCCACGUAUUAAAACGUAACAAUUGUAACCAUGUAUACGGAGUUCCACAAAAUGCAGGAUCAGAAUCAGUCUACGAUUCUGUCGAACAAGGAAAUGGUUCAAAACAACUUGAUAACAUUUACAAUCAGUUAACGAAUAAAGCAUCUGGAAGUGAUAAAGAAAAUAAGUAACAUCUUGAAAAUUAAGUACAGGGGAACGUUACUUACCAAACGGAAUACAAACUGGUGUGGACGAAAUAUCUUGCUAAUAGUAUAAUUAAGACAGUUACGUCGAAUAGUUGACUUAAAAUUGCUUACGAUAAAGCAAGCUAAUACAAAUAUAACUAUUUACUGCAAAACAAACCACAGUUCUUUUAAUGAAAGUUUGAAUAUUAUAACAGUAUUUCACAAAAGUCAAACAUCUGCAGAAGCUAGUUUUAAUUUUGACAGUAUUUUAUGCAAGGCUAUGUUUGAAACAGUUUAAGUAUCAAUUUGAUUUUUCACUGAUAAAUUUCAGUUUUUCACCGAAGAGCAUAAAAUAUAUCGUUUGAUUUCCUAACUUUAGAGAGAUCUACUUGAAAAUAUUAACUGCACUCUCAUCUGAACACAUGCUUAACGAAUAAUCAAGGCCUUCGAGUGGUUUAUCGUCUAAUUUACCACGGUUCAUCGUUCAGAUGCGUAGGAAUUGAACCACGAGGGCGUGGUUAAAUCUGAAGAAUCUGAACGAUGAACAGUGGUAAACUAGACAAUAAAUCACAAGAAAGCCUUGACUGUUUUUUCAUUCUGACAUGCUCAUUGACAUAUUUAAAUAAAUAUUAUGCUGGACUUUAUUUACCCGAGGAGUAAUGUACUGGACGUCAUGCGACAAUUUGACGUCAUAAUUGACGUCAUAAUGCUCUCUUACCGGUCCGCGCGUCAACCGUUGUUUAUCACAGAAUAAACAGAGCUUGAUUUCCUUCUUUGUUUAACUGGAAAUCAAAUCGAGCCAUGUUAGAAUAAUGAUUUUGACGCAUGGUGUAUAAUCUGCAUUUUCUAAGCCUCAGAUUGUACGAUUACUUUAAAAUUUACGCAUUUUUUUAUUUUUUACUUAUCAUUUGCGGCUUGAAUUUGUUCUGAACCAGACCUUUAAGGUUCUAUAAGAUAAAAUAUGAUAGAAGUAUACAGACCGGUUCGAAACCUAAGAUCACAAGACAAGCUGUCGUUGGUUUUGCAAAAGACUAAAACCGUUAUGUAUGGCGAUCGGAACUUCUUGCUCACUGCUCCCAAGCUUUGUAGCUCCCACGGAAAGCUUUCAAAAGCCUGUUUAAACACAUUUCUUUGAACAAAACUUCGCAAACUGUC